GGGGGAAAAGUUUCAUCCGGUUAACUGUCUCUCUUUCACUUUGCUGCGAGAAGCACCCAAAAUCAGUCAGAGAGGGAGGGAGAGAGGGGAGGAGGGCAAUCGCCAACGGGACGCGCCAGGCGGGGAGAAAAGCGGGACUUUGGGCUCCUUCGGUCGCCAGCGAAAACCGGGUCAAUGUGUGGACUAUUGAGGCGAUCGGCCGGGAUUCCUUCUCAAUGGACGGGACGAUUAAGGAGGCUCUCUCGGUGGUGAGUGAAGACCAGUCCCUCUUUGAUUCCACCUACGGAGCUGCUGCUCACCUCCCCAAAGCAGACAUGACAGCCUCAGGGAACCCUGACUACGGCCAGCCACACAAAAUCAACCCUUUACCUCCUCAACAGGAGUGGAUCAAUCAGCCAGUCCGGGUCAACAUCAAGAGGGAAUACGAUCACAUGAAUGGAUCCAGGGAGUCGCCAGUGGAUUGCAGUGUUAGCAAAUGCAACAAGCUGGUUGCUGCUGGAACAGAGUCCAACCCCUUGAAUUAUGGCACCUACAUGGAUGAGAAGAACGGCCCUCCUCCCCCCAACAUGACGACCAAUGAGAGGAGAGUCAUUGUCCCAGCAGACCCCACGUUAUGGAACCAGGAUCAUGUUCGCCAAUGGCUAGAGUGGGCUAUAAAAGAGUAUGGUUUACUGGAGAUGGACACCAGCCUUUUCCAGAACUUGGAUGGCAAGGAACUGUGCAAGAUGAACAAGGAAGACUUCCUCCGGAUCACCUCUCUCUACAACACGGAAGUUCUGUUGUCACACCUCAGUUACCUCAGGGAAAGUAGCUCAUUGCUUUCAUAUAACACACCAGCCCACACAGAACCAUCCUCUCGACUCAAUGCCAAAGAAGAUGCCUCUUACGAUGCCGUCAGGAGAUCAGGAUGGGGCAAUAACAUGAACUCCACCCACAACAAAAGUCCGCCUUUGGGAGGAACACAAAAUGUGAGCAAAAAUGCAGAACAGCAGCGACCCCAGCCAGAUCCCUACCAGAUUCUAGGACCCACCAGCAGCCGUUUAGCCAACCCAGGGAGUGGGCAGAUCCAGCUCUGGCAGUUCCUCCUUGAGUUGCUUUCGGACAGCUCCAACGCCAGCUGCAUCACGUGGGAAGGGACCAAUGGGGAAUUUAAGAUGACUGACCCGGACGAGGUGGCCAGGCGCUGGGGCGAACGCAAGAGCAAGCCCAACAUGAAUUACGACAAGCUGAGCCGAGCCCUCCGCUACUACUACGACAAGAACAUUAUGACCAAAGUCCACGGCAAGAGGUAUGCCUAUAAGUUUGACUUUCACGGCAUUGCCCAAGCUCUUCAGCCCCACCCGACCGAGUCGUCGAUGUACAAGUACCCAUCGGAUCUCUCGUACAUGCCGUCGUAUCACGCGCACCAGCAGAAAGUGAACUUUGUGCCUCCACACCCUUCCUCGAUGCCUGUCACUUCCUCCAGUUUCUUUGGGGCUGCGUCGCCAUAUUGGACUUCCCCUACGGGGAGUAUUUAUCCGAAUCCGAGCGUCCCACGCCAUGCCAACUCCCAUAUGCCGUCACACCUGGGCAGCUACUACUAAAUGCUUUUCACUUUCUGUGGCCUUUGUCAGUCAGAUUGGAAGUUCCUUUCUGGGAUAUCUCUGGACUUUUUGAUGGACUUUCAUCUUUUUGUCGGGGAGAAAGCUGAAGAAACUGGAUAUUAUUAAUUAUUAUUUUUAUUAUUAUUAUUAUCGGAGAAAACCUUUUCUAUUUUUGUAACUCUGCUUCUGUCUCAAGUGGGCAGAUGGAUUCUCCGAUGGGCCAGUAUUGUCUAAUUCCUAGCCUGAUGUCCUUUACAGAAUUUGUGCCAUGGCUGUCACAAUCCAGAUCUUUUAAUUAAUUAAUAAAAGGAAAGCAUUGUCCAGUCCAAACGCUUCUGGGAAGGAAGAAAGAAGACGACCUCUGGGUCUUAGAAAAUUUAUGUUUGUUUGUUCCAAACUAAUGGCAUGACAAAGUUUUUUCCGGUGUGAGGGAUGCGGAAAGUUUUUCUUUCCGGUUUGAGGGAUGCGGAAGUUAUGUGCAAAUAUUGAUUUCUGAGGACCUGGUUUGGAGACGCCAACUGGAAUCUUAGCUUUAAAGCCAAGGAAGGCUUGCCUUUUUUCACCCAACUGGAAAAAAAGAAAAGAAAGAAAUAUAUAUCUAUAUUCAUAUAAAGAAAUAUGUGUAUUUUAAGACAAUUAAGGGCAUUGAAAGGACCAUUCCAGAGCGUGCAUUGCAUUAUACGGUUUUCUUAAUAUCUCCAGAAACAUCUGAGAUGGGGGUGGGAGAAGGAUGGUUCAAUGUAUCAAGGACAAUUAUUCUUAUGAACGCAAAAUGGAACUAAUUUAAAUGACAGCAACUCCCAAAGCUUUGCCAGAGCUUUGGGAGUUGCAAAAAUGCAACCGAUUCACAAACGCUGUGCGUUUGUCAGACUGCUACACAGAGGGUCAACCAAGUCAAAAGGCAACUUACUGUAUAAAUUAUGCAGAGUUAUGUUUUUACCAGUUCCUCACAGUGUUAAAAAGAAAAGAUGAAAAAUAAAACGAGUUGACCUCGGUCACAAAGGCAGUUUUUGUUUUUGUUUUGUUUUUACUCUCAGAUCCAUUGUUGUUGUUUUUGUUUAAAAUGUACUUUAUAUAUAUUUUUCAUUUGUACAUUUGGGUUCCAGCUUUGUAUUAUUAUUUUUUUGCUAAAAAAAAAAAUAAACUUUAAAAGAAAAGGAAAAUGUAUGCAAUGUGUCUGUUGGAAACAUAAGGCUAUGUUUUUUCAAAGAACAAGGGCUGAUGUCCUCAGUAAUGCAGCAUGGAUGCACCAGGACGUCUGAGGAGAGUGUCUGCAUUACCACAUGGGGGAGCGAUAUUCACUGGUCUUCCCUGCUUUCAGAAGUGCCCUGUGUCUUGUGAAAAUAUGUCCCUGUGGUUCGUGCAGUCUUCGGGGACAUAUUUUCAGAUGGCAUGGGGCACUUCCAAAAGCAGAGAAGAUCAGCCAAAAUCUCUCCCUUGUACUGCAGUAGCAAGAAAGCCUCCAGCUAUAUUAGGAGCAGCCUCCUGCCGCAUCCUUGCUUCUUUAGUCAAGAUGUCCGCCAAUGUUUCUAGUCAGAAACACAGGGUCCAUCUAUACCAGGGAUUCUCAACGUUCGGUCUUCAGAUGUUAUUGGACUUCAACUCCCAUAAUCCCAACCAAAGACCACUGGGGCUGGGGAUUAUGGGAGCUGAAGUCCAGUACCAUCUGGGGACCCAAUGCUGAGAAUCCUUGAUCUAUACUAUACACUUAUGUCAGCUUUAUGCCAGUCCAAAGGAUCCUGGGAAUUGUAGUUUGAUGAGAAUGUUGAGAGUUCUCUUACUCCCACUGCAGAACAACAGUUUCCAGGAUUCCAAGAAAGAGUGGGUGAUUAUUCAACCAGAUUAUGUGUGUAGUGUAGAUCUAAAAUGCAUUGUUUGCUCCUGCUGUGUCGGUUAUCUGAUAUUUGUGGGAAAGCUCUAAAAUGUCUAAAAAGAACAGUUAUUUGUAACUGGAGUCGGAUUCCAGUAGUCUCUUUUUGCAGGCACCCACGUUCUUCUGACUCUUCCUCUAAGCUGCCCAGUAGAUGCCCAUCCUGGUAGCAGUAGGGUGGUGGUAAAUGAGCAGCAGGGGAAGCUUGUUCCCAUUUUCUUCUCCCCACCUUGACCACCUCACUCAGCCUUGUCUCACCCUCCACCAUGUUAACCUUUGGCAGGCAGGCUGGUUAUUCUCCCAGUUCCCCAACCACACGAAUAAGCUCCCCAUGUGCCGAGGGUCAAUGGCGCAGCAAGUGAACUGAGGCAGAGCAUGGUGGCAGAGAGGGAAGAGGCGAGCAGGAAUGAGCUGCACCUGUGACACAUUGGCUGCCCUGCCUCCCACCUGGAUGAGCCACUACUGGAGCUGCCAUACUCACAACAUAACUUUUAGGAUCAUGCCACAUGUUUGGCAUCAGAGCAGACCAUUUCUGGGCUGUGGUUUCUUCUAAGCAGGAACUCUUUCCAGCAGUUUUAGGAACACUGGAAGCUGCCAUAUACUGAGUCAGACCCUUGGUCCAUCUCGCUCAGUAUUGUCUUCACAGACUGGCAGCGGCUUCUCCAAGAUUGCAGGCAGGAAUCCCUCUCAGCCUUUUCUUGGAGAUGCCAGGGAGGGAACUUGAAACCUUCUGCUCUUCCCAGAGCGGCUCCAUCCCCUGAGGGGAAUAUCUUGCAUUGCUCACACAUCAAGUCUCCCAUUCAUAUGCAACCAGGACAGACCCUGCUUAGCUAAGGGGACAAGUCAUUCUUGCUACCACAAGACCAGCUCCCCUCUCCUUUCGGUCAUCGUCCAAAUGCACAGAUUUUUUUCUAAACACUUAUUCCAUGGCAUCCAGGUAAAAACCACUAACAUUUGUCAUAAGAAAUAAACUCCUGUAGUCUAUAAACAAGAGUUCGUCAUCUCCGUAACGAAUUCAAAUUAAUUAUCAAAUUAGUUUACUUCCAGUGCCAGAAUAUGGGUCUUUAUUCAACAGUUUAAGUCUCAUGGGCUGAUAUCCUGACCAAUGAAGUGCUUCAGUCUAUCAGUCGAUCAAUUUAUUUGUUUAGUCUUAGACAACAGAUAUUUGACUCAAAAUUAGGUAAUUAAAAACAAUGACAUUUAAAAAUGGCAGGACCCUUAAAAAACGCAAUUAUUGACUCAGAAUAAUGCAGAACAAUUAGGCUAGGGAUGAGCAAACCUCGUCCUCUGGCUAUUGUUGAUCACAUCUCCCAUCAUCCCCAGCUGGGGAUGAUGGGAGUUGUAGUUCAGCAAUACCUGGAGUACCACAGGUUGAGAACCCCUGACUUGGAGCACAGAACAAUGUGGGGGGUGGGGUUGACUGUUGGACUCCAACCCCCAUCAACCCUGACUAUGGGCCACUAUGGACAAUAGGAGUUGUAGUCCAACAAUAGCUGGAGGGAUGAAAUUGUACAGCCCUGGUCUAGGGUGCGUUCUCAGUUUAUGUCAAACAAUGGUGGGGCCAGAUCAGUGCUCAGCAUGAAAUGAGCAUAUCUCCUACAAGAUUUCCCAGAAUCCUCUGCAAAACAGAGAGGUUCCAUAGCAGACAUGCAGGCAAUUCUCAGCAGAAAGGUCCAUGUGGAGUUUUCCUGAUGCUAAAAAGGUUUCCCUGAGGACAUAUAAAGUUUGAAUUGCACAGGAGCAAAAGCCUGAAAGAGACAAUCAUGAUUCUACUGAAGUUGGUAGAAAUUUGGCCCCAAGAUUUCAACAGUAACAAGAGUUACACCUCUAGUCUGCUCAUACCAUCCAAUCACAGUAUGGUUCAUCUAUGGCAGUUUGCAAGAGAAUGACGUUAAAACAGAACGUUAUAAUCUGCUCAUAACUUUAAAAAGAAGCACUGAUCCCUUUUGUUAUUUAUCAAGCGGUGGUAAAGAAGUCAAGUCCAUCUCUUUGCGUCUUCCUGCUUUCAGAAUGUUAAUAGCUAAUAUUGCUGCAAUGCUUGCAGGACGUUUUAUAAAAUUAUUCAGAAAAAAAAUUCCUAUAGAGGUAUUUGCUAGUUUAUAUAUGCAAUGUAUUUUUGGAUAUCAAAAUAUAUAUAAUUUUGCAAGUAAUCUUUGGGGCUUUCUUUGGGGGAAAGUGUUAUGUUAAACUGAAGACUGUUGUAUGAUGAUGACUUAACGAUGUUUAAAAGUGAUGAAAUAAAUGGUUCUUUCUUUGUUUAA